GAUAGCUGGAAUCUGCAACGAGUGUCGGUCGCAGCCCAGCGUGCAGGAGAAUGCGGGCAGGAGGGGUGGAGUUCCCAGCUCGUACUUUUCUAACGCUCCUCUGGCAGAAGAGCUCACUCAGUCUUUGCCUGGCAAACUGCGGAGCUGGCGCUGAUGCGUCCUGGCAUGUGAUCCCACUCUGGUCAAGCCUCCCCUUCAACUUCCCAUGCUGUUCCCGUCCGAUGGACAGCACGUAGGAGGUCUGCCCGGACCUCACCCGCCGCGCCUGCUCUCCCGUCCGGUGCGCUGCGCCUCUCCGCCGUCGGCUCUCCGGGUUCAGAGGGACUCGCGCGGGUCGGGGUGUGGGCCCGGUUCUCCCGCGCACAUGGAGGGAGACGUUAUGGACAAAGUGGAGGCCACGGCGCCGGUCCGGGAUUUCGACCCCAUCAGCGGGAGCAUCCCGGCCACCAAGGUGGAGAUCACCGUGUCAUGCAGGAACCUCUUGGACCGAGACACUUUCACCAAAUCUGAUCCAUUGGUUGUGUUGUACACCCAAGGCGUGGAGACCAAACAGUGGAGAGAGUUUGGCAGAACAGAGGUGAUAGACAACACUCUAAACCCAGACUUUGUCAGGAAGUACAUCCUGGACUACUUCUUUGAGGAGAAGCAGAACCUGCGCUUUGACGUGUAUGAUAUUGACUCUAAAAGUCCAGAUCUGGCAAAGCAUCCAACCGACUUUAACGACUUCCUGGGGAAGGUCCACUGUACACUGGGAGAGAUUGUGGGCUCACCUGCCAGUCGCCUGGAAAAACCUUUGGGUGGCAUACCUGGGAAGAAAUGUGGCACCAUUAUCUUGUCGGCCGAGGAGUUGGGAAACUGCAGAGAUUACUCCACAAUGCAAUUCUGUGCCAACAAACUGGAUAAGAAGGACUUCUUUGGAAAAUCCGACCCCUUCAUGGUCUUCUACAGAAGCAAUGAGGAUGGCACGUUCACCAUCUGCCACAAGACUGAGGUGGUGAAGAACACACUGAACCCUGUGUGGCAGCCCUUCUCCAUCCCCGUCAGAGCGCUCUGCAAUGGAGACUAUGACAGGACGAUCAAAGUGGAAGUGUAUGACUGGGACAGAGACGGGAGCCACGAUUUUAUCGGGGAAUUCACCACCAGCUACAAAGAGCUGUGUCGUGGUCAGAGCCAGUUAAAUGUCUUUGAGGUGAUGAAUGCCAAGAAGAAAAUAAAGAAAAAGAGAUACAUCAACUCUGGGACGGUGUCCUUAUUGUCAUUCGGUGUGGAGUCGGAGCACACCUUCCUGGAUUACAUCAAAGGAGGGACUCAGAUUCACUUCACAGUGGCCAUUGAUUUCACUGCAUCAAAUGGAAAUCCGUCCCAGUCCACUUCGCUGCACUACAUGAACCCAUACCAGAUGAAUGCAUAUGCCAUGGCCCUGAAGGCCGUGGGAGAGAUCAUCCAGGACUAUGACAGUGAUAAGAUGUUCCCUGCCUUGGGAUUCGGUGCCAAGCUGCCCCCGGAUGGGAGGGUCUCCCAUGAGUUCCCUCUGAAUGGCAACAUAGACAACCCGUACUGUAACGGCAUGGAGGGGAUUCUUGAAGCUUACCAUCAAAGCCUUAAGACGGUUCAGCUGUAUGGACCCACCAACUUUGCCCCCGUUGUCAAUCAUGUGGCAAGCUAUGCAGCAGCAGUUCAAGAUGGAUCUCAGUACUUUGUCCUGCUCAUCAUCACUGAUGGCGUCAUAUCAGACAUGGCCCAGACCAAGGAGGCCAUAGUGAACGCAGCUAAACUCCCCAUGUCUAUCAUCAUUGUUGGAGUUGGUCAAGCUGAGUUUGAUGCCAUGGUCGAGCUGGACGGUGACGACAUCAGGAUCUCCUCAAGAGGGAAGUUGGCAGAAAGAGACAUUGUACAGUUUGUGCCGUUCAGAGACUACAUGGACCGGACAGGUAACCAUGUGCUGAGCAUGGCGAGGUUGGCCAAGGACGUGCUGGCGGAGAUCCCUGACCAGCUGAUCUCCUACAUGAAGAGCAGAGGUAUUAAACCAAACUCCUUCCCUCCAGCUUACUCGCCCGACGACCUCUCCCAGACCAACCCUGUCUGAGCCCCCAACACACACACACACACACACACACACACACACACACACACACACACACACACACACACACACACACACACACACACACACACACACACACACGCACACACACACACACACACACACACACACACACACACACACACACAGAGCUCUGAGUUGGGGUGGAGCAGGGUUGAGAAUGUUUGGAACCCGCCUCCGACAACCGUCCUUUGAGGGGAAGAUGGAAACGCUUUCGAGGCCCCUUCACAAAUAUUAGAACAGCUAAACAAAAAGAUGAUGGGACUCCAUUUUGUGUUUGGAGCGUUGGGACUGUUUCUGGGGAACCUGCUGAUGAUCAUGGAGUUUUUUCUCUCUCUCUCCCUCUGAGUGCUUGAGGCUGAGAAAUCCCUGAGAGGAGAGGAGCCCGGUGGGAAAAGGAGGUUUUAGUUGUUCGCUGUCAAAGUGGUGAUGUAAUGGAUAGCAAGUAAACCCGUAGAGAGGGCCUGUUUGAAGGCAUAAAUAUAUUAGAAUGUGCCCAUGCGUAUCAUGUUUGUGAUACCUUUCGGAGUUGAUGUGUGUUGAACUAGGAGAUCAUGUGCUUACUAAUUUUUUGAUUUAUUUAUUGCAGAAAUUAUUUAUUCCUUCGAGGGGGUUUUGAAGGGCGGGGACUAGAGUCAUAUUUCCUCUGUAGUUUUCCCAUCUUUUAUUUUGUGACCAGUGUUAUUUAAAAAUAAACCCCAUUUCUACUUUGAUAAGGACUGUAAUAUAAAAGCAUGUUUUGAAACCCACUCAGCUGUUUAUGAACCAUUUUCACUGAUGGAUACUGUUUGAUUGCAAGCUGUAAUGUAGAGGACCUGCUGUGAGCUGUCGCCAUACUAAUUUUCCAGCACCAUGUCUUAUAUAUGUAUUUCUAAUGUUUAUACAAACAGAAUGCACUAAUUACUGUGCAAAUAAAAAGCACAAAGGCUGAAAACCACUAUUUUGAAAGACCCGACUGCUGCCACCAUGAAAAUAAUGGAAAGGACCCCACGUUAUGUUUUCAACACAGCUUUAACAUAGUCUGCCAUUAUAAUUUUUACAGGAUUACAACAGGAAUUAUAUUUAUAAGAAAUCUAUGUAUUAAAUGAACUCAUAUUCAUCACAAGAGCAUGAAAAAUAGAUGCAUAAUUCAAAGCAAAUACUUUCCCGGAUAGUAUGCAGAAACGUAAAUUACCAGUCAUGCUGCUAAUAUCAUUCAAUAUCUUGCUGUGUGUGACUCUUUCCAUCAUAUUUGUUGUGGUUGCAGUUUAUUGUCUGGGAUUUUGCUCGGUAUUUUUAAAAGACCCUACUAAUUAACUUUUUAAAGACUAAUACACACUUUUCUCCUAGUUAAAUUGAUUUGUUUUCCCAGAGGUGAAAACAACAAUCACAACAAUCUUGCAACAUAGUUUGAGAUAUUUGGACGUUGAAUGUUUUUUUUUAAAGUGAUCUGAGGAAAACAACAAGAUUGCACAUAACAAGAACAGUCACGAGUCCAUCCCAUCCUGAUUCAGUCAGUGUCUUACGUGUGCAUUGUGUCUUCUAUGUUUUCCUUUUGUCAAAUUCACUUUGAUUGUUCCCAGAUAACUUUGUUUUACACUAAUGCACAUAAAACACUGGGAUAUCAUUUAACUACCUACAACACAAUUAUUUUAAGAUUUUAUUCAAGUCAAUAUAUUCACAUUAUUCAAUAAAUCUUUUUGUGGCCCAGUUGCGUACAUUCUAUCUCAUCUAUUUAUGAUGGCCAUUAUCUCUGUCACUCAAUAUCUCAUUCCAAAUGUGCCUAUUAUAUGGAAACAUAUCCAAAUUCAGUUACCCAGGUGUUAUUCUGCCGAGAGCAGCAGCAGGUCUCAUGUGUAAGACGUACACACAGAAAAUGUUGGUGACGAUAAAACUGUUGCGAGAUUAGAAGAAGUACAGCCUCAGCGACUGAUGCACACUGUCUCCACCAGUGUCGUGUACUUUUUAUACUCACAGCUCUUCACUUACGAUCUUUGAAGUAAUGAAAAUGAACAGUGUCGUUGAGCCUUGUACAAUAUUCAAAGUCGAAACUUGUUUACAAUUCAACUGUGGCUGUUAACAUAGGAAAAUGUAAACAUCCAUGGAAUGAAAUGAGUUCAUUUUUUUGAUUUGUUGGGUUGUUUAGUCUUACUUUACCCAAAGAGUUUCCUUGAAUGAUACUGGAGAACCGACGUUUACAAGGAUUUGAGUUGUUCUCUGAGAAUGUGAAGCUCUUAAUGUAUUUCUCACUACUGUUAUACUUAUGUGAUUGAAUAAUUCAUGUUGCUUUAUGUUCUUUGUUCGCCAUCUCAUGUCCUUUGACUCCCACUGCUUUAGUGCUCUCCGAGGGCAUAGUCGGGUGAUGUAGCAAAAACUCAACCCAGAGGCAGUGAAUGUCUCUGUCACAGGCCCAGCUUCAUAUUUCUUGAGUUGAACAAAUAAAAAUCUGUUUUAAUUUUGUA